UUAUUGUCGUCAUUCGUCACUCACACUGCGAACGACGCGGAUUUGCGAGCGAGCGAUAAAGAAAAGUAUUUGGUAAAAGUUUUCUUAUAUUUUUAUUUUUCAUAAUUUUUAACGGAGUGAACAAAAUUUGCAAGCAAAUUUCAUAUAAGUCCAAUGCAUUGGUGUGAAAACUCGAAAGAAGCAGUUGUGGAAGUCCAAGCUGAGGAAUGUUAAAUCUUUUAUAGAUUGACAACAUCAAGUUACGCACUGCCAUUAUUACUAGAAAUCUUUAGCGAUAUAUAAUAUAUUAGCCUAUAUUCGAUUAGUCCUGCAACAAAUAAUAAAAAAAUCAGAUCCUGACGUAAGCAGAGUCUGCCCACAAUAAAUUUAAAAUAAAUAGUAAUUGCUAUUCUAUAUAAGUAUAUGUAUAUUUAAGAACCUUGCAAUCCACAUUGGGUCGCAUUCUCAUUACAAAAAGUGUGAAACAUACAAAUUAGAGUUUGUAAGUUUAUCCAACAUAUACAGACAACUAAAUUUUAAAGGUAGUGCGUAAAAUAUAGAAAUAACAAGUACAAUAUGUCAAACAAUUAUCAACACCACAACAAUUAUCGUGGCUCAGGCACUUCACAAAUGAAUGGACUACGUCCACAUCAUCUGCAAAAUGGUGAUUGUGGUGAAGAUGGCGAUUGCUAUCGCCGUGGCGGUGGUGGUGGGGGCAGCGGCUCCAAUCGACACACAAAUGGCUACAGUGUCAAGCCAAUGGAUAGUGUAGCAGUGCCGGACAUGUGCAUAUUCUGUUUCGAGGUGCUAGAUUGUGAGCUUAAUAAUGUUGAAGGUCCUGGCACGCCUAAAUUCACAAAUGAUGCUUACCCAUUGUUUGUUACUUGGAAGACUGGGCGCGAUAAGCGUUUACGUGGUUGUAUUGGCACCUUUAGCGCUAUGCAUUUGCACAAUGGCCUGCGCGAAUAUGCUCUAACAAGCGCUUUGAAAGAUUCACGAUUUGCGCCAAUUGCCAGAGACGAGUUACCCAAAUUGACUGUGUCCGUUUCAAUUUUGCAGAAUUUUGAAGAGGCUCAUGGGUAUCUUGAUUGGACCUUAGGUGUACAUGGCAUACGUAUAGAGUUUUUGAAUGAACGCGGUUAUAAAAGAACUGCUACUUAUUUGCCACAGGUCGCAACUGAACAAGGUUGGGAUCAAACCCAAACAAUUGACUCUCUACUCAGGAAGGGUGGCUAUCGUGCAGCUAUCACCCCGGAAACUCGUAAAUCAAUCAAACUGACGCGUUAUCGUUCGCAGGAAAUCCAAAUGAAUUAUAAGGAAUAUCGUGAGGUUUUGGAACGCAGGGCGCAAUAUGGCAAAGUGCAAUGCUAACAAACACCGAAAAUGUGUUUAUAUAACCAACAACAACAUCAAAUAUGUAUGCAGCAAAAACGACAACAACAACAACAACAGCAGCAGCAUAAAAAAUUUCAGCUAGAACAAAAACAGCAAAAUCAACAAAUGCAAAAUCAGAAUACAAGGAACAUGUUUCCAUUUCAAAAACUAUAUCAACAAGAGAAAUACAUUGAUUUACAACAAGAUUUACCGACUAUACCACAUAAUAGAUAUUAUCAUUAUUAUAAUUCUUAUUAUCUAUAGUUUAUAGCUCUAUAACUUAUGUAUAACGCGGCUCGCCAAUGCUAACUACAAUAGUAGCACCAACAGAAAUUAAAGAAAUAUAAACAAUAUUCAGAAUGACGUGGAGCCAUUAACUGCUGCGGUGCCAGUAUAAUCGCGUUUUCCAAACAAUAAUAAUUUUAUUAUAACGAUUAAAAAAAAAAAUACAUACAUAUUUAUGUAUAUGUAAAGUUCAAAUAAUCAAAAAAUCAACUUUUAUUGCUAAUUAAAAUACUAAACAAAAAUUUUAUUCAUUUUACUUUUAAUUAAGGCUGAUGGUUAAAAUUGUAAAAUCGUCAAGCCGACUCUUAAUACUAAUAUGUAUGUGCAAAAAUAAAAGCAGGGUUUGCUGAAAACGAAAUAAUUACAAAUUUAAAGUGAACUUUAGACAAAUAUGAGAAUUUUGAGUUCCAAUUAAUAAAAAAAUAAGAAAACCA